AGAGCCUCCUCUAAUGUACAUAAUCCUUCAUUCUCCACCGGACAGCAGAUCCGGAUAAGCAAGAAAGAUGGUGGUUGGGACUUCCUGGUUGUGUACCAAUUCCGUGAUACUUCUCCACAGCUUGACGAUUACACCAAGUAUGUCAUCCAGGGCAAUCUCAAGGACAUACCCAGGCUGUAG